CGCGGCGCGGACGCUCCCGGGCCGAAGGGCUCCCGCCGCCGGAUAAAAGCGAGGACGGCGUUCCGCGAGCCCCCGGGGCCCGUGCUUCCCCCAGUCUCAGCCCGGCUGCAGCCUCACUUUCGUUGCCGCCAUGCCGGGCUCGGUGCACGGAUGAGAGAGGCAGUCGUCGCCGCCGAGCUGGUCUCCCCUCCCGCUGGAGCCGCCGCCGCCGCCGCCGCCGUCACCGCCAUGGAGGAGCCGCCGCCGCCGCCGCCGCCGCCGCCGGAGCUGCCGCUGCAGCUGGAGCUGGAGCUGGAGGGCUGCCAGGCGGCGAGGCAGGAAUGCAAGUUGGGAAAUGUUGUUUGUUGCAAAAACUCUGAGUCUGAUCCAGAAGAAUUUUCAGAUGAAACAAAUACUGAAAACCUUUAUGGCACCUCUCCUCCUAGCACACCUCGACAGAUAAAACGUAUGUCAACAAAGCACCAGAGGAAUAGCAUAGGGAGACCUUCGAGCCGCGCCAGCUUAAAAGAGCUCUUAUUUCGUUGUGAACAGAUCACUCAGCAAGGGCAGCAAGAAAAAAUGAAUGCACCAAAUCAGCUUCCUCACAAAGACAUUGGCAAAACAGUAGAGAAUGUGGAAGAACACAGCUAUAAGCAAGAGAAAAAGAUCCGAGCCACUCUUAGAACAACAGAACGGGAUCAUAAAAAAAAUGUACAAUGCUCAUUCAUGUUGGACUCAGUGGGUGGAUCUUUGCCAAAAAAAUCAAUUCCGGAUGUUGAUCUCAAUAAGCCUUACCUCAGCCUUGGCUGUAGCAAUGCUAAGCUUCCGGUUUCUAUGCCUAUACCUAUAGCCAGAACUGCACGCCAGACUUCUAGGACUGAUUGUCCUUUGGAACGCUUAAAAUUCUUUGAAACUUUACGACUUCUCCUAAAGCUUACCUCAGUCUCAAAGAAAAAAGACAGGGAGCAGAGAGGACAGGAAAACACAUCUGCUUUCUGGCUUAACCGAUCCAAUGAACUCAUUUGGCUUGAGUUACAAGCCUGGCAUGCAGGACGGACCAUUAAUGACCAGGACCUUUUUUUAUAUACUGCCCGCCAAGCCAUCCCAGAUAUUAUCAAUGAAAUCCUCACAUUCAAAGUAAAUUAUGAGAGUUUUUCAUGUGAGAGAAAUGGAGCAAGUUUUAAUGGUACUUCAGUAGAAGGGCAGUGCAGAGCACCCCAUGGAGCCAGUGCUAUGGGUUAUUCAAACUAUCACGAACAUCUCCAACGCCAGAGGGUCUCAUUUGAGCAGGUAAAGCGGAUAAUGGAGCUGCUUGAAUACAUAGAAGCACUUUAUCCCUCUUUGCAGGCUCUUCAAAAGGACUAUGAAAAAUAUGCUGCAAAAGAUUUCCAAGACAGAGUGCAGGCACUCUGUCUGUGGCUAAACAUUACAAAAGACUUAAAUCAGAAACUAAGGAUUAUGGGAACUGUUUUGGGCAUCAAAAAUUUAUCUGACAUUGGCUGGCCAGUGUUUGAAAUACCAUCUCCCCGACCAUCCAAAGGCAAUGAACCAGAGGAGGAAGAAAGUGACACAGAUGGAGAAGUGAAGGAAUUGGAAACUACCGCCCAUGAAAGUGAAGAAGAACACGUCCUGGAUCAGAGUAUAAAGGACUUCAGACAGGCCAUGGAGAGCAGUUUUGACUUCCAGCCACAGGACCAUUUUUCAAAGAAGUUUGACAGACUUGAAUCGGAAGAUGAAUCAGUUGGCUGGGGAGUUUCUGAAUACAAUGCUGAAGCAGGCUAUAGUCGAUACUGUCUGACUUCUAUAUAUAGACCAUUUGUAGACAAAGCACUCAAACAGAUGGGUUUGAGGAAAUUAAUUUUAAGACUUCACAAGCUAAUGGAUGGUUCUUUACAAAGAGCCCGUAUAGCACUCGUUAAGAGUGAUCAUCCAUUGGAGUUUUCUGAGUUCCCAGAUCCCAUGUUAUGUUCAGAUUACAUACAGUUGUCAAACACCACACCAUCAUCAGAACAAAAGUGCAGCACCGUGUCAUGGGAAGAGCUGAAAUCUAUGGAUUUACCAUCAUUUGAACCUGCAUUUUUGGUCCUUUGUCGAGUACUUCUUAAUGUUAUCCAUGAGUGUCUCAAAUUAAGAUUGGAACAGAGACCUGCUGGGGAACCAUCUCUCUUGAGUAUUAAGCAGCUGGUAAGAGAGUGUAAAGAGGUUCUGAAGGGUGGCCUCUUAAUGAAGCAGUAUUACCAAUUCAUGCUUCAUGAAGUGUUAGAUGAUUUGGAAAAGAUUGACUGCAAUAUAGACUCUUUUGAAGAGGACCUGCAUAAAAUGUUGAUGGUGUAUUUUGAUUACAUGAGAAGUUGGAUCAAAAUGUUACAGCAGUUACCUCAAGCAUCUCAUAGUUUAAAAAAUCUGUUAGAAGAAGAAUGGAAUUUCACCAAAGAAAUAACUCAUUAUAUAAGAGGAGGAGAAGCACAAGCUGGAAAAUUAUUUUGUGACAUUGCAGGAAUGCUGCUGAAAUCUACUGGAGGAUUUUUAGAUUGCGGCCUUCAGGAAAGUUGUGCUGAAUUCUGGACCAGUGCUGAUGACAGCACUGCUUCAGAUGAAAUCAGGAGAUCUGUUAUAGAGACCAGCAGAGCCCUGAAAGAGCUAUUUCACGAAGCUAGAGAAAGGGCUUCCAAAGCACUUGGCUUUGCUAAAAUGCUAAGAAAGGAUCUGGAAAUAGCAGCAGAAUUCAUUGUAUCAGCACCAGUGCGAGACCUUCUGGAUAUGCUGAAAUCAAAACACUAUGUUAAGGUGCAAAUUCCUGGAUUGGAAAACUUGCAAGUAUUUGUUCCACAGACUCUUGCUGGGGAGAAAAGUGUUAUCUUGCAACUACUAAAUGCAGCUGCAGGAAAGGACUGUUCGAAAUAUUCAGACGACGUAGUAAUUGACGCUUACUUACUCAUGACCAAGCAUGGUGAUCGAGAUCAUGACUUAGAUGACCACUGGAGCACGUGGGAAGGGCUGCCUGUCAAAAUAGUGCCUCAGGUGGAAACAGUUGAUACACUUAGAAGUAUGCAGGUUGAAAAUCUACUCUUGGUAGUCCUGGAGUCUGCAGAUCUUGUGAUCCAGAGAAAAUCUUUCCAGCAGUCCAUUGAAGGACUUGUAACUUUGCACCAAGAACAAACCUCUAGUCAGCCAGUCAUCGCCAAAGCUUUGCAGCAGCUAAAGGAUGAUGCAUUGCAGCUGUGCAACAAAAUAAGUGAUGCCAUUGACCAAGUGGACCACAUAUUCACAUCAGAAUUUGAUACUGAAGUUGAUGAGUCAGAGUCUGCCACCUUGCAACAGUACUAUCGUGAAGCCAUGAUUCAGGGUUACAAUUUUGGUUUUGAGUAUCAUAAAGAAGUUGUUCGUUUGAUGUCUGGAAUAUUUCGACAGAAGAUUGGAGAUAAAUAUAUUAGCUUUGCCCGAAAGUGGAUGAAUUAUGUACUAACUAAAUGUGAGAGUGGUCGAGGCACCAGACCCAGGUGGGCAACUCAAGGUUUUGAUUUUCUGCAAGCCAUUGAACCAGCCUUUAUUUCAGGACUUCCUGAAGAUGACUUCUUGAGUUUACAAGCUUUGAUGAAUGAAUGCAUUGGUCAUGUGAUAGGAAAACCUCACAGUCCUGUCACAGGUUUGUACCUUGCUAUACAUCGGAAUAGCCCCCGUCCUGUGAAGGUACCCCGAUGUCACAGUGACCCUCCUAACCCACAUCUCAUUAUCCCAACUCCUGAUGGAUUCAGCACUCGGAGUGUGCCUUCUGACGUGCGGAACCCAUGCAGUGCUGCUGCCAGUCGCCCCGCCCCAGCCGGCAGCGACUCCGCUCCACCCAAACCUCUCAGCAGUACAAAUGAUAACAGGGGGUCCAGUGUUCCAGAAAAUGAUCGUUUGGCUUCCAUAGCUGCUGAAUUGCAAUUCAGAUCAUUGAGUCGACACUCAAGCCCCACCGAGGAGCGAGAAGAGCCUUCUUAUCCAAAAGGAGACUCAAGUGGGCCAGCACGGAGAAGCUGGGAGCUUCGCACUCUGAUCAGCCAAAAUAAAGAUACUGCUUCUAAACAAGGACCCAUAGAAGCUGUUCAGAAGUCAGUUCGAUUGUUUGAAGAAAAGCGCUACCGUGAAAUGAGGAGGAAGAACAUCAUCGGUCAAGUUUGUGACACCCCCAAAUCCUAUGAUAAUGUCAUGCACGUUGGAUUACGGAAGGUGACCUUCAAAUGGCAAAGAGGAAACAAAAUUGGAGAAGGCCAAUAUGGAAAAGUCUAUACUUGUAUCAGCGUCGAUACUGGUGAAUUGAUGGCAAUGAAGGAAAUUCGAUUUCAGCCGAAUGACCACAAAACUAUCAAAGAAACUGCAGAUGAACUGAAAAUAUUUGAAGGCAUUAAACACCCCAAUCUGGUUCGGUAUUUUGGUGUGGAGCUUCAUAGAGAAGAAAUGUAUAUUUUCAUGGAAUACUGUGAUGAGGGCACCCUGGAAGAAGUGUCAAGGCUGGGCCUUCAAGAACAUGUUAUUCGGCUGUACUCAAAGCAGAUCACCAUUGCUAUUAACGUACUGCAUGAGCAUGGCAUAGUUCAUCGUGACAUCAAAGGAGCCAAUAUCUUCCUUACCUCAUCCGGCCUAAUUAAACUGGGGGAUUUCGGGUGCUCGGUCAAGUUAAAAAAUAACGCACAAACCAUGCCUGGAGAAGUGAACAGUACCCUAGGGACAGCAGCAUACAUGGCCCCCGAAGUCAUUACUCGAGCGAAAGGAGAAGGACACGGGCGUGCAGCAGACAUCUGGAGUCUGGGUUGUGUUGUGAUAGAAAUGGUUACUGGUAAGAGGCCUUGGCAUGAGUACGAGCACAACUUUCAGAUCAUGUAUAAGGUCGGAAUGGGACACAAGCCACCCAUCCCUGAAAGGAUAAGCCCUGAAGGGAAGGAUUUCCUUUCACACUGCCUCGAAAGUGAUCCAAAGAUGAGAUGGACGGCUAGCCAGCUCCUCGAUCAUUCGUUUGUCAAGGUUUGCACAGAUGAGGAAUGAAGCGAUUCAGUAUGUGACCUGGUAGUGUGUGUACUCGGACAGAUUCUCUUAAUCACUACUGUAUGUAAUAUUUACAUGAAGACUGUGUUGAGAAACAGUACAAAUGUUUUUAACCUACCGUGACUGAAGACUGCACAGGUGACGAGCGUCACUCCUCCUGCUGCUCCCGUCUGUUUUACGUGGCACGUGAUGCUCAUGUGCGACCGUGUCUGCAGAGUGUGAAAGAGUGCCGUUACUACUGUACAUGGACCAUUUCCUUCUUUGUCUGCUCCGUCCCUCACCUGAUGGAGAACUGUCAUAUUAAUACAUAGUAUUUUUGACCUUUUCUAGGCUCAAAAAAAGUUGUCGUGUUACCAGGCGUGCCAGACCUUGUUUUGUAAUAUCCUGUUUGAGUGCACUGACUGUGAACCUUUAUCCUUUUUUUGGGGGGGGGGGGGAGGGGUCCAGCUUCAGAUUUGUUAUGCAAGAGCUAAUUAAGGAAAAUUUUUUUCUCUCUCUCAAUAAAUGGUUUAUUUUAGGAAGCUUUGCUUGGGCUAUUCUUUUCUUUUCUUUUCUUUUCUUUUUUAAUACCAGUAUUUUUUACUCAAGUAUUCACCAAGCAAGGGGACAUACUUGAUAAGCAAAGAAAGAGCUAAAGGAUCAUUAAAAUAAGCUUUGGAGACCAGGGGUUAUUAUUGCUCUAGAGUGAGUAAAAAUUGAAAGGAAAAAUGAAGAUAUUAGGUGGCUCAUUUGCACAUGAGCUAAAAAUUUUCGAGAGAGAUGGGGGCACUCACCUAACCUGUGCAUUGGGCCGCCAGGUCUUUUACUCUUCUGGUACCAUCACUCAGAAGGAGUAGAGUGAUGACAGGAUCUCACAUGGGAAGGCACUGAAGAAGCCAUCUGGUCCAACACAUCCAGCCUCCAGCCUCUACUCGAUGACCUCUCCAAGAAGCCCCAUUACACUCAUGGACAGCCUUAAUGGUUAGAAAGUUUUUUCCCGACAUCAAGCUCAAUUACCUCAUUACUGCUCAUCCUGCCUUCUUGACCAAGCUGAACAUGUCUACUGGGCCCCUCCAAAGUGACUAAUCAACACAACCAAAGGAUCAUCCAUUUGGGGUUGGAAGGGACCUCUGAGGUCAUAAGAAAUGGCAGGACUGGGAUUUGAACUCAUGUCCUCCGAAUACUCAUUUCACUCUACCAUGAUGCUUCACUCCACUACUCUAGUAACUAGCGGCCAUUUUAAAAAAUCAUGCUACCCUAAAAUUAUUCUAUUAAAUUUUGUUGUUAAAGCUAA